UCUCUCUAAAAACUGAAUUUAUUAUAUAUUAACAAACAAUGCUCUCCCGUACAAUUCUUCCGAUCUAACCGCACCAAAAACCGCCCCCUUUCUAAUUUUCCGUCGCUACCUAAACAUUCCUUAAUCACUGUUAGUCCAUUCAUCCAUCUUCCCUAAUCUCUCUCCUUCUCUGCUAGGGUUUCCGUUUCUCAAUUUGGGGCUUUUUCUCUUUUCCUCGUUUUUCCCAUCAAUUUUUUCUUCCGAAAGAUGCAGAGAUCGCCAUGGCUAAGUCUGGGAUAGGUCUGAGAGUUUUCCGUUCCGUUUCCGGCAUGGGUUUUGGGUCCUUCGGUGUCUGUAUCGUCGGAUGCCGGUUCCGCUUCCGAUCGGCGUUCGAUUCAUAUUCCGUUGCUUGUGAGGCGUUCUCUGAACAGUGUCUUCGUUCCCGUUCUCUUCUGAUUCCUUCGAGCUUGAACUGCGAAUUGAUUUGACAGGGUUUGCGGUUUGGUGUGGUUUGAUUUUCUUGUUUUUUUUUUUCGAGAUUCUUUUUUCUUCCUGAAGAUUUGUUUUUGGGAAUUUUUUCGUCGUCGUUUUCGCGAUGGAUUCGUGUAUAGGUGUGAAUUCUAACUCUGACGAUGGUGGAGUUGUGGAGAGAGAUCCAACUGGACGAUAUUUACGGUAUGAAGAAGUUCUGGGAAGGGGAGCAUUCAAGACUGUAUAUAAGGCAUUCGAUGAAGUUGAGGGAAUUGAAGUAGCUUGGAACCAAGUGAAUAUUGAGGAUUUAAUGCAAUCACCAGACCAGCUGGAAAGAUUAUAUUCCGAGGUUCAUCUGCUGAAGUCUCUGAAACAUGAAAAUAUUAUAAAGUUCUACAACUCCUGGGUGGAUGAUACAAACAAGACCAUUAACAUGAUAACGGAGUUAUUUACUUCUGGCAGUUUGAGGCGGUAUCGUAAGAAGCAUAAAUAUGUCGAUAUGAAAGCCAUCAAGAACUGGGCUAGACAGAUUCUUCGAGGAUUACACUAUCUACAUUCUCACAAUCCUCGUAUUAUUCAUAGAGAUCUUAAAUGUGACAACAUAUUUGUUAAUGGAAAUACGGGAGAAGUUAAACUUGGAGACCUUGGAUUGGCAAUAGUUAUGCAGCAGCCCACUGCUCGUAGUGUUAUUGGCACUCCGGAGUUUAUGGCUCCUGAGCUUUAUGAGGAGGAAUACAACGAACUUGUUGACAUAUAUUCGUUUGGCAUGUGCAUAUUAGAAAUGGUUACUUGUGAUUACCCAUACAGUGAGUGCAGAAAUCCAGCUCAAAUUUUUAAAAAGGUUACCUCUGGUGUAAAGCCAGCUUCCCUUGCUAAAGUGGUUGAUCCCGAAGUCAAGCAGUUCAUAGAGAAGUGUCUAGUUCCUGCAUCUAUGAGAUUGUCUGCAAUCGAACUGUUGAAAGAUCCUUUCCUUGCUACUGAAAAUCUCAGGGAUCUUGACUGUGAACCUUCAGAAAUACCAAAUUUUAUUCCCAAAUCAGUUGACUCUCCACAGCCUGAAUGUCGUCCAAUGGACAUAGACUCUAACAGCAAGAAACUCUCUGUUGACUCUUGUGUAAAACAUGUCAAUGAAACUUCUAGCACCUCAGUUCUGGAACUCUGGAGGUACACUGAGAAUAAUGAGUUCAGAUUAAAAGGGGGAAAAGACGGUAACAAUACAAUUUCAUUAACUUUGCGCAUCAGAGACCCUUCUGGUCGGAUAAGAAAUAUCCAUUUUGCAUUCUAUCUGGACUCUGAUACUGCAGUGUCAAUUGCUGGGGAGAUGGUUGAGCAGCUUGAUCUCACAAAUGAAGAUGUGACCGUCAUAGCUGAGUUGAUUGACGACUUGAUUGUGAAGCUUGUACCCAGCUGGAAAACCUCAUCUGAGACUUUGUCAACUGCAGCAAAUAGCUCAAAUGGACAUUCCUCUAUCCUUCUGAAUGAUGAAACUCCACUAAGGUGUCCUUGGGAUCCGGUAUUAGCUAAGCCUCCUUCCGAGGCUGCUGAUGGGCAACAUGUUGUGGUGGAUGUGGAAACUCAAAACAAAGCUUCAGCUGAUUCAGAUUUAUCAGCUGAUUCAGAUUUAUCAGCGGAGUAUGGGAUCAGAAUUCCCUCAGAUGCUGAUAGUUUCAAGGCUUUGGAAUCUUACAGUCUUGAGGGAUGCGAUAACGAGAAUAGUUAUGAAGCUCAUUUUGCUGAGAAUCUCAUGAUCAAUGAGAUGACAACAAACUCUGGAUUCUCCUACAUUGAUUCGUGCUCUGAUCAGUCGAAAAAUAUUAGCCUCUCAAGCAUCCGUUCCUUAUCUCUAGGAGACAAAAAUCAGGAUGAUGAGCUAAAACUGGAGCUUCAAACCAUUGACUCUCAUUAUCACCAAUGUUGUCUUGAACUCUUGAAGAUGAGGGAACAAGCUAUCGAAAAUGCGAAAAAGAGGUGGAUAACGAAGAAAAAAAUAGGUGUUGCGUGAUAGAUUCUUUCAAAUUGUUUUUAGUAUUCUUCUUUUUUUCUUUCUAAAAUUUGUUCUGAUGACAUGAAUGCCCUUUUGACCGUUUAUUUCAAGGAAAUGCAUCAAAUUUUUUUUUUCUCUCUUUA